CUGCGAUAUUGCUUCUCCGCAUUCUCGUACAUGCAGCGGGAGAAACGCCCCCUCCCCACACUGCUACUGUCAUCAUACAUUGAGCUCGCGUCUCCCAAGUCCCUUGUUGUGUCCCGUUCCAUCCGCCAGGCAACCAUUCCGCAGACGCCGGCUCUGUUCCAGCGUGAAACAUCCGACGUCAUUCCCACGAACUCAAUCCUUCGCAGCCCAGCCAUCCAUCGCAUAAGCCAAUCAUUACCUCUGCUAUUCGGCAACAAGCCCAGGCUGUCGAGUGUAGGAUUCGGUAGCAGAUCACGGCGCAAUCUACUUAAGUCGCCGUUCCUCCCAUGACACGGUGGUCUGAAGAGCUUCGGGUGACUUUGCAAGCUUACUAUAUCGCCAAUUGCUGAACCCAAUCGACCUCCUCACUUCCCUACUCCCUAUUUCUCUGCGUCGCCGUCUCCCACGUGCUCAUCUCCUCAUGGCUUCCGACGAUGCAUUCACCUUCGUCGAGAACGACGCCCAAGGGCGCAAGCCGCCACAGCUCUUCGAGGAUUUCCGCAAACUCAAUUCCGGCGUACAGACCGAUAUAGAAGUCCCGCUUGUCACUGCCCUUCGCCAGAAGCAUCCAGAAAUGAUCGUUACUUCUGUUCCCGGGUCCAACGUCAAUCUUCUCCAAUUCGCUGCUGCUGGAUUUGCCCAAGCCGAGCUAGACGAUGAUACCGAGCCUGUUCUUCGCUGGCGUGGCUUCAUUGGACCCUCACAUAGAGGCGGCUCCGGAUACCUGGCUGAUAGUAUCUUCUUCGCAAGGUAUAAGUACACCUGGAGCAACGAGAACUUUAUCUUGUACACCAUCGUUCUGGGAUAUGGCUCGAUGCAGUUUAUCCUCAAGGAGCCUCGUGGUAACGAGACCACGAUGUCGCACUCGUCGGUGGUCGACCAGCUUCUAGCUACCAUCGGGGCGUGGCUAAUCAAGGAAGAGCCAGCGAUAUACGUCUACGACGGCUACUGGACCCGGAGCACGAAGUUGUGGGAGGAGGUGAGGAAGGCGAAGUGGAGCGACGUAAUCCUGGACCCGAAGCAGAAGAAGGCCUUGACCGAGGUCGCUUCUAAAUUCUUCGAUUCCAAAGAUAUCUACGACGAGUAUGGAGUGCCGUGGAAGCGAGGCCUGAUAUUUCAUGGACCAGUUGGGAACGGGAAAACCAUCUCCCUCAAGGCGUUGAUGCACACCCUUCAGGAGCGAGACCAGCCGGUGGUGACGCUUUACGUCAAAUCGGCUCCGUAUCCCUUCAAUAUCCGUCAGGUUUUCCAGAUGGCUCGUGCAAUGACCCCAUGCAUGCUGGUCCUCGAAGAUAUCGACACGAUUGUGACGCAGAGCACUCGAAGCUACUUCUUCAACGAGGUGGAUGGUCUCGAGAAUAACGAUGGGAUCCUCAUGAUUGCCACGACGAAUCACCUAGACCAGCUGGAUCCAGGGCUCAGCAAGCGUCCGAGCCGCUUCGACCGCAAGUACCUGUUUCCACUGCCUGACAAGGCCGAACGCGCUUUGUACGCGCAAUACUGGCGUAACAAGCUGAAGAGCAAGAAGAGCAUCGAGUUCCCUGGCAAGCUGUGCGACGCCAUCGCAGACAUCACAGACGAUUUCAGCUUUGCUUACCUCAAGGAAGCGUUUGUGGCAACUCUAUUGGAGCUUGCUAGGAGCCACGGAGACGGUGACGAAGAGCUCUCUGAAGACGAUCCGGAUGAUGAGGACCCACUCGAUAAAUACGAGUUCUGGCGCGCCUUCAAAGCGCAGGUCAAGAUCCUGCGUAGCGAGAUGGGAAGCGAAGGCGAGACUGUCACUGAUGCAGCUCCCAGCGCAGGGGCAACCCUUGGUGCUUAUGAGGGAAUUUCUGCUGCAUACGACGAGAUGAUGCCACUGCUCGAAAACAUGAGGCUGCAAGGCAGUUCGCAGCCGCUCGGCAAGGCUGCUUCGUCAGAGGGUGCGGAUCCGACGAGCCGAUUCGUCCAGAAUGGUUCUUCGGUUCUCAGCCCUAUUAUUCACUCGUUCGCCCCGCUAGCGCGGAACAAAACUGCGAAGCUGGGCGAGGGCGUGUGGGAAUGGGGCUGCGUGUAGGGGGACG